CGCCGCCCGCCGCUCCUGCGCUGCCGCCGCUGCCCGAGCCUUCGCCUCCCGAUGAACCGCGAUGGGGGAAUGGACCAUCCUAGAGAGACUCCUCGAAGCCGCUGUCCAGCAGCACUCCACUAUGAUAGGGAGGAUUCUGCUGACCGUGGUGGUGAUCUUCAGGAUUCUUAUUGUGGCCAUUGUAGGAGAAACUGUGUACGACGAUGAGCAGACUAUGUUUGUGUGCAACACCUUGCAGCCAGGCUGCAACCAGGCAUGUUAUGACCAAGCAUUUCCCAUUUCUCACAUCCGAUACUGGGUAUUUCAGAUCAUCAUGGUGUGCACUCCUAGCCUCUGCUUUAUAACAUAUUCUGUUCACCAAUCUGCCAAGCAGAGGGAAAGGAGGUACUCCACUGUCUUCCUCACUUUGGACAGGGAUCAGGACUCCAUGAAGAGGGACGACAGCAAGAAGAUCAAGAAUACCAUUGUCAAUGGGGUGCUGCAGAACACGGAGAACUCCACCAAGGAGGCAGAACCUGACUGCUUGGAAGUAAAGGAAAUUCCUAACCCAGCUAUUAGAACCACCAAGUCAAAGAUGAGGCGGCAAGAAGGCAUCUCUAGGUUUUAUAUCAUUCAGGUGGUCUUCAGAAAUGCCCUGGAGAUUGGGUUUUUAGUGGGACAGUAUUUCCUGUAUGGAUUCAAUGUCCCAUCCAUGUACGAAUGUGACAGGUAUCCUUGCAUUAAGGAAGUGGAGUGUUACGUCUCCAGGCCCACUGAGAAGACAGUCUUCUUGGUCUUCAUGUUUGCCGUGAGUGGCAUUUGUGUGGUGCUCAAUUUGGCCGAACUGAACCACUUGGGCUGGAGAAAGAUCAAAAUGGCAGUGAGGGGAGUGCAAGCGAAACGGAAAUCCAUUUAUGAAAUCAGAAACAAAGACCUGCCACGUAUGAGUGUGCCUAACUUUGGCAGGACUCAGUCCAGUGACUCUGCUUACGUGUGAGGCUGUGGCAGAACCAGAGGACUUUGCUGGGGAUCACUGACCUACCGCGCAUUAGCAUUAGGGAAAGGACAUUGCUGAAGCAAUCAUUUCCUCAAACCACCAAGAAAGCCGUUAAGGUACUUGAUCUGCACUUUCUAAACCAGAUACAAAACUGUGUGCUAAAUCAAAGACUGAUGAAGAGAACAGCUAUACAACAACUUCAAUCUGGCCUUACAGCUCAGUUAUCUCCUCUCCCGAGUGGUCCAUUGCUGUUUGUUGACUGGAGCAUCUUUUCAACCGUCGUGAGGACAAGAAAAUGUUCCUAACUGAUGGGAAAUGUGUCUAGAAUGUUAUAUUGAAAAACGGCAAGGGAGCCAUUUUUCGAGGGAGGGUUUGGGGAGGGGGUCAUAGCAAUAUUCAAUUGCAAGCAUGUCUAUAAAAGCCGAGGGAGAGAUUUGCACUGUCCAGGCAUCUGACCGUGAAGCCUGUUAGUACAUCCAUGAGCUUCAUCUGAUGGAUGCCUGACUUUACAUGGUCAGCAUCACACAGUUGAUUACUGUGUAUGGUUAGCAUUUUUCUAUCCUUGUUUUUGUACAAAAACCAACUACACAAGAAACAGUAGUGCUGAAAAUACUUUUGCCAUUUAUUUAUUUUUUGUUUGCCUGCCUACUUACACCAGAGACCUUAAUCAUUAUUAUGCUAGUUGUGAUCUACCAAAUUCAUAAACAAAUAAAUAAACCACAGCUCCCUGCUAUAUGCAUACAAAUGAUUGAUCUAAAGUUCAGCCAAGUUAUGUAUUUACCAACAGGUUUUUUUUUUGGACACAUAUACCAAAGGAGUAGAAUUUAUCGCGAUUAACUGUGAAUAUAUGUCACCGCCUCUUUGCUCUUAUUUAUAUAAGUGCCAUACUUGAAGUUAAAGAAUUUAACUGUAUUUAGUCAAAGGCUUGGCAAGGGAUCCCAACUUGAAACCACAGGGUUUUAUAUCUACUUUUUAUUUUAAUCAAGCUUCCCCUUUCCUCUUUCCUUUAGUUACUGCAAUGGUGUAAAAAAAGCAGCUGAUAACUAUAUUGAUAAUAAAAUAAUUGCCUUUUUGUAAAAUAGAAAGUUAACUUUCUUUUAUAUAUACAUACUAUAUAUAAAUAUAUAUUACUAGCAUUGCAUUGUUAUAUGAAGAUGAAAUUUAUAUGGAUAUCUAUCUAGAACAUAGGGAUUAUUAUAUUACAGCCUCUUUUAUAUUCAUGGCCUGGAUAAUAUCCAAAACAUUUGGAUAUGAAACAUUUAUAUGAUUUUGGGUUGUUGUUUUUUACAAUGACAUGGUGCUAUAGUAGGGCAAUGAAUUUGGAUAAGUAGGAGAUGCAGCAUGAUCCAGAAAAUGCAGGUUUUACUAUUUGUGUGUAUAUGCAUGUGUGUGUGAAUAUUAUAUAUAAUCUCUCUCUCUCUCUCUACCCUUAACUUCCUUAUCAUUUUUCAUAAUGUGAGCCCUUCAGGGACAGAGAAGUAUGCUUUUCAAGUAUAUAAUUGUGACUACCUGGACGUUGACAGUGUUGUCUGCACACACACACACACACACACACACACACAGUCACACACAAACAAAAAUUGGUUAAAGCAUUCAAGUACAUAAACACAUAGGAAUUUGUUUUGGGAACCCAAAAAGUCACUGAAACCAACUAAGUAGCCUGGAAAAUUUAGAUUACAGAAAUCGUAAUAUUUCUAAGUAUUGAUUGCAUUAUGUUAAAUCCCCUAUAUGUGAAUGGGAUCCCCUCCCCUGCUUUCACCAGGACUUUAUAGGUCACGGAGGCCAUCCCAUAAACAAUCUAAUUGGAUAAAUUGGCACUUAUUCAAGGCUCAGACCAUUUUCACUGGGUUGUCUGUAUGAUCAAAUGCAUGGUGCAUUGCAGUAACUGUGCAUAUAUCUUGAUUUGAGAUCCAAUUCACAAAUUGCCUGGAAGUUGGGAAAGGAGAAGGAGUGCCUCACACUUCUUGCCCCCCCCUGCUUCUACUGUAAUGUGUGAAGCGGGCGCACAUAAUUCCCAACCUUUCAUACGAACUAUCCCUGACACACCAGGCUUUCCAUGACAGAACACUUUUGAAAUGCGAGUGAAAUUGGUUUUAACCCACAUCUAGGUUUCCUUCAUAUUCACAUUAGUCUGCCAUCCUAAAAUCAGGCCCAGCCCAGUCCAUAUCAAGGAAUCUCCUCCUCUGGAUUGGGGUGGGAGUAAAAUCAGAUUUGAAUAUGGAUAUGUCAUCUGCUUUCAAUAGAAUGUACACGCGGCCAUUUCCAUCCGCGUUUUGGUGCAACUAGCCAUGUGUAACUAACUACACAGGGCUAUUGUUUAUUUAUUUAUACACUGUCUUUCCUUAAAUGUUCAAGGCAACUUGAGCUGCAUUGGGAAGCACAAAGGACAGGGAUAACCAGUGGACUAGAUUGGUCUUAAAAGCUCAGUGCACACUGAGCUUUGAACCAAGGUAAUCCAUAACUAACAGAUAGGAAACUGUUAAGACUGAACACAUUUUAUUGUUAUUGAUGAAAACAAGGCUGCUUCCAUUUUAGAAUGGUAUUCAUUGUUCACUUCACAUGGACAUAUGCUUGCCUGUUGAAACAGACAAGCUUUGGCAGUAAGUUUGCAUUUAUUUAAAUGUACAUUUCUUUGUAGACUUCUGAAGCAAAACCCCAUUGACCACUGUAUUGUGCUUUACACUUGUAAAAUCUGACCACCUUUCAGUGCAGAGAUGUCAUUGCUAUUGUGAAAAUGCUUGGAAAAUUCAGGGCAUACCACUCAAUGCCAUAGUUGUUUACUGUAGGCAGCUACUUCUAUCAGAUUAAGCUGUGAAUGAAGUGCUGAAGUUGGAUUCCAGUCCAUGGAACAAUGUCUGUGAGCAACUCAUUCUUACUUCAUUGAGGCUAAUGUGGGAGCAGCACUUGGUGGAUUGAGUUUGAAAUCGAUAAUCCUAAAUACACUUGCUGGGAUGUAACGCCAGGCUGGUUCACACAUGUGUGUAUGCCCCUUGGCUUUUCUACAUGUGGACAUUGUACACCUGAAGACUGGCUACUUACCAGUUUGGGAGCCGACUCCACUGAAAAGUGUUGUGCUUUGAAGUGGUAUUAAAACGUCCCAGCAGCUGUGUUAUGUUGUAUGAACUAUUCACACAUGCAAGCCAGUCAACAAGUGGUGUAUGUGUGAAUCAGGUCAUCCGCUCUAAUCAGCUUGUGCUACUUUCAAGAAAGUGCAUUUAGGAUUGCAGUGCCAAUUUGCUGCUUAACCCUUUCUGUCUCUUAUAAAUAAUGGUCAUCAUGAGGUUGCGUCAACAUGUGAGGUAGAGGAAGGAUAUGGGCUGCUUUAAAACAUGCCUUUUUCAUUAUUGUUUCAUUAAAAUGAAUGGUUUUUAAUUGAUUAUGGAUCCCUCCCUCCAUUUGAAAGUACUUGUGACUGUUUCAGUGCAUACUCCUACUAUCUAAUAAUAUGUAACUGCAGAGCAUGAAUGUUAUUUUUAGAAGGCAAACAUGGCAGCUAAAGAUCUCCAUCGGUAGUAUAACAAACUCCUAAAGAAUAUUUUUUAUACAUAGGCAAAUCUGAUUUUCUUUUUAUACACCACUGGGAUAACCUUAAACAGCUCCUUUACAUGGGAAUUACAUUAUUGGUACUAGUAGUAAUAGUAGUAGUAGCAGCAGCAGCAGCAGUGGUAGUGGUAGUAUUAACAGAAGCAACACUAGCCACAGUAAUAGUGGUAGUAAUAGUAUUAGUAAAAAUAAUAAGUAAACUGUAAUGCACAAUAAACAAUAGGCUGUGUAGAAAGAACCUACUUAAACUCACUGAUGUCAGUGGCUAAAUACCAAUGGAUUUCACUAGUUCUGGAUCAUGCUCAGCAUAAUUAAAUGUGUACAGAUUCCAUAGUGUUAGGUCCAUGUUUUAAGUUCUCAGUAGUAUAUGUAGAAAAUAAUGGUGAAGGCAUGCCUUGAAACCUGUCAGACGAUACAUUUCAAUGCUUUUAGUGAAAAGCACAAAAAGGGUAAAUACUAAAAAGCAAUGCCAGUGACUUUUAUUUUUCACUACAGCAGCUUUUAUAUAGGCGAUGCACAUCUUGUUUACUAGAUUGGAAACAUGCAAAUGGAUGGGAAUAAAAUGGAAUAUUAACAUGA